UGCUCCAGUACUGAGGUUAACACAGCCGCUAUAAUCAGAGAAGUGUCCCUGGCUGGUACACCACACAGUUUCUGGGUCAGUCCUCAGCCCUCUGAGAGGGCCCCAUCCACAUGAGCAACAGAGGAAGACAGAGAGUGAGAGUGGGAGAGAGAGAGAGAGAGAGAGUGGGAAAGGUAUUUAUAGAAAAAUGGGGCUUCGCAGUACCUUUUCUUGCAAAGAACCAUUUCAGGACCAACUGAGCAUGUCCCAGUUUCUGAUCGUAGCUCAGCCAUAGGGUUUGGACUGAGGCUGUGGCUGGACCGCCUCACCCAGGAUGGAGAGCCUGACUCUCAGACGCUCUCCGCUCUCCGGCCUCAGCUGUAGACCGCUGGUUCUCUGAGAACAGGGGGAGGCACUGGCCCAGAUAACCUACAGAUGUGACCUUUUAUGUACACUUGAUUUGCCUUGCUGGGUAGAGGUUUUUGGAGGCAGUGAGCUCAGGUGAGGAGCAGCACAAGGGUGUCCGAGGACACUCUUUGGCUGCGUCGACCUCCAGGUUGGGGGUGAAGGGAGGCUGGCUGGAACGUGCCCUGCCGCAAGCCGGGCAAGGAUGAGGCGUUUCCUGAGCAGAAAGGGCCGCUUCUCCCUGCGCCAGAGCAAGUCUGGGACCCGGAGUGCCUCCAAAGAUUUCUACCUCGGCCUCCCAGCUACCAACCAGAACUGGCCGGAGGCGUUUGGCUUCCGACUGGGUGGCACUGGGCCCAGCUACAUCCUGUCCGUGGUAGAGGGCAGUAGCGCCUACCUUGCUGGCCUGCAGCCCGGGGACCAGGUGGUGGACAUUGAGGGCCAGGAUGUGACCAACCUCAGCACACCGGCACUGAUUGCUCUGGCUCAGACCCUCAAGACGGUGCCACCAAGCAUCGGAGUGGUGUCACGGAUAGAACAGAUAGACAUCACUCCUGGCCCAGAUGGCCGUUUUGGCUUCACCAUCGUUGGAGACAGCCCUCUGAUGGUAGAGGACUGCAUGCCCAACGGUCCGGCUGGUCGCAGUGGCCUAAAGGCCGGGGACUAUGUCAUGGAGGUCAACGGCAUACCAGUGAAGCACCAUGAAACGGCGGCAGCCAUGAUCAAAGCAGCUCAGGGCCGGCCUCUGCGUCUGGGCGUGCUCAGCAUGGCCCGGCGGCCGAAGCGACUGAGCAGCAGCAUGAGGGUGCUGUCGCAGAGUGGGGACAGCAUCAGGGAGAGUCGCGCCCACAAGGCCAUGGAGUUCAAUAAGAAGGUGGAGGAAGUGCUAGGAGAGGAACCAGAUGUUAAAGAACAGCUGUUUGAGGUGCUCAAGCAGUACGCUGCCGAGAGGGAUGUGGAGACUCUGGCUGAGGCCCUGCCCGACAUCCUGAUCACGGAGGAUCAUCAACAGUUGAUUGACAGCGUCAGGAUCUUCAUUCCCAAGAAGCAUCGGGAACGUUUUGACGAGGUGGUUUCCCAGAGCCUGAUGAGCCGGUUCAAAGGGCGAAGCUUCAGUGACCCUAGCCGUGCCCACCUUCGUCGCAGCCGGAGCGAGGAUCACCCUGAACGCCUCCUGGUCUCCACCCGUGCCAGUUCAGUGCCACGCACCCACGCAGAGGAAGGUGUGGUCCCCCCAGCCCGCGGCAUGCGUAAGACCACCUCACUCAUAGCUGGGCACUCCAGCGGCUCCACCACCAACUGCAGGACUGUGCGAGUAUGUAAGGGCAACAUGAGCUUUGGCUUCACUCUUAGAGGCCAUGCUCCAGUGUGGAUUGACUCUGUCAUUCCCGGAAGCCCAGCAGAUAAGGCAGGUUUAAAACCAGGAGACCGCAUCCUGUUUCUCAAUGGACUGGACAUGAGGACCUCCUCCCAUGAGAAGGUGGUGUCCAUGCUGCAGGGCAGUGGUGCCAUGCCCACUCUGGUAGUGGAGGAUGGUCCACCUACUUUCACCCUAGCAGAGCAGGACAUUGCGGGGGGCGGCGUUCCCGCAGAAGGGGCCCGCUCCCCCGUGCUCAGCUCCCUGCAGUGGGUGGCAGAGAUUCUGCCCCCUAGUAUCCGGGUUCAUGGCCGCACCUUUGGACAGCAGCUGGAGCACCUGCUGACCAUCCAGGAGAGGUACACCAUCUGCAAGGCUCUGGAGAACUUUUUCCAGCACAGGAAUGUUGACACACUGAUCGUGGAUGUGUUCCCGGUGCUGGAUACUCCAGCCAAACAGGUGAUCUGGCAGUUUGUUUACCAGCUACUGACGUAUGAGGAGCAGGAACACUGCCAGAGCAAAAUCUCACGCUUUCUUGGAUACAAAGCUCCAGUUCCACCACCACCACCACCUCCUCCCCCUCCUCCGGAGCCUGAGGUUGCCCCCGAGCCCCAUCGACGUAGCAGCUCCAUGAGGGUGACAGGGACCACGUACAGGAGCAGUGUGAGGGGACGUAGCUCUGAUGACCUGGUCAUUGGCACACACUUGGGCAUGGGCUUCCGUGCAGAGCCCAUGCUGGAGACAGGGAUGAGGUUGGCUCCGGGAGAAAGACAGUCAGGAGAUGGUACUUCCCUUCCUGAGACUCCAAACAAUCUCACCAAUCUGUCAGCAGUGUAUGCUGAACUGGAGAACAUGUAUUCAUCCAAGAGGUCCAAGUCUCUGAAGAGUCGUCCUCCUCCUGCCCCUGAAAGUUUGCUGGAUCUGGAGCCUCCCUCGCGCACAGCCUCCCCUACAAUACAUGCUAACACAGGUAGCCGUAAAGGCCCCCCACCACCUACAUCCUGGCCUGAGCCUCUGCCAAGUCCCCCUGCAGCCCAGUUCUAUCCAUCAGGUCUGACAAGCCAGACCAGUGCGGAGUCCAACCCCUACAUCAGCCUGGACAGUCCCCCUCCAUCACCUCCAGAGCCCCCUGACUACCCAUCUAGUCCCCCUGGCCACCGCAGCAGCAAGCGGCGUUAUACUUUCUCUAAGCCACCACGCUCAGAAGACACAGAUCGCUUUCUGGAUGCACUGAGCGAGCAGCUGGGACAGAGGGUGGCCAUCGUUGAUGACUUCCUGACCCCUGAGAAUGACUAUGAGGAGGAUAUUGUGCAGAUGGGCUUCCCAGAUGAGGAGGAUGAGGAUAAUGAAGAGGAGUUGGGUGUAGACGAAGACGAAAAUGGAGGAUUUGUGGCUCCAGAGCUCAGCAGCCCGAGCGAUGUUCAAAGCAGCAGUGGAGAGGAGAAUGCCUCCUCACUCACCUACUCUUCCUCCUCUGACCACAUCCCUCCGCCCCCAAUGACCCCUCCACCACCCCCACCUGUUCAGUUUAAUGACGCACCUCCUCCGCCUCCUGCACCUGCACAGACUCCACAACAGCAGCAACAGCAGCAACAGCUUAGCUACACCCCUGAACACUCCCCAAGAGCAUAUGUGCCUAUCCGCCGAAAAUCUGGCCCCCCUCCCCCACCUCCACCCCGCAGUAAUCCACCACCUAAACGCCACUCCUUACAUAAAGUUCUGCCCACAAGAGAGGACCUGCAGGUCCAUGCUACCAUACAAGAGCUAAAAGCCUACCAAGAACAACAAGUAUACCAAGAAAGACAAGCAUAUGAGGAGCAACAAGCAUAUAAAGAGAGGCAGGUGUUUGAGGAGCAGAAAGCCUACGAAGAACAACAACUGUUCCAAGAGCAACAGGCUUACCAGGAACAACAGGCUUAUCAGGAGAAACGUUUCAAAGAGAGACAGGCUUAUGAAGAGCAGAAGGCAUUUGAGGAGCAAAAAGCUUUUGAAGAGCAACAGAUGUACCAGGAGCAGCAAGCAUACCAAGAAAGACAAGCAUAUGAGCAGCGCCAAGCCUACCAAGAGCAAAAAGCGUAUGAACAGCGUCAAGCCUACAAGGAGCAAAAAGCAUUUGAGGAGCUUCAAGCCUACCAGGAGAAAAAAGCUUACGAGGAGCGUAAAGCUUAUGAGGAGCAAAAAGCUUAUGAGGAGCGUCAAGCCUAUGAGGAGCAACAAGCGUAUCAAGAGCAACAGAUGCAACAGAUCUACCAGAGCCACCACUCGAUGCCUAACCAGCCAACACAGCAGAAAGCCCACUCACCACUGCCUCUCCAACAACUCCACCAGUCCUUACCCCCACUCCCCUCUCCAGAUGCCACCCAUCACCCCUCUAACCAUCCUCUGUAUAUGAUGCGUCAAGCACAGCAGCAACAGGCCCACCAGAGUCAUCACAACCGACGUCAGUCCCGUUCAGCCCCAUCUCCUCACCAACCGUCACCCCAACCAACAGCCCACCCAAGCCAACAAGGUCAGUACUCUGAGGGCAUCUACCAAAGCCAUCAGGGCAUGAGACCCCAGCCCCACCAUUCUUCUGCGGAGGUGCUUCAUCAGAUGCACCAAGCCCCAGCCCAUCACUCCUCUGCAGAGAUGCUCCAUCAGUUGCAACAGUCCCAGGCCCACCACUCAUCUGCAGAGAUGCUCCAGCAGAUGCAACAAGUCCAUGCCCACUACUCAUCAUCAGAAAUGCUCCACCAAGUGCACAAAACUAAGGCCCAUCAUUCUUCAACAGAGGUUCUGCAACAAGCUCACCAGAUGCAGCAAAUGCAGCCCCAUCAUUCCUCAACUGAACUUCUCCAUCAAGCUCACCAGAUGCAUCGGGGACAACCUCACCAUUCAUCCGCUGAGCUACUCCAUCAAAUACACAAACCCCAGGCCCACCACUCCUCCACAGAACUGCUCCAUCAAGCCCAUCAGAUGCACCAAACUAAGUCCCAUCACUCCUCCACGGAGCUCCUAAAUCAAGCCCAGCAAGAGCCUGCUUCUCUCCCAGUUCAGGUAAACCGGGAUAGCCAUUCCCAUCAGAGCCGGAGAAGUCUUAAAGGUCAUCAUCAGACCCAAGUGUCACCACAAGGGAGACCCCAAGAGCAGCAGAUCCACCAAACCCAUCAUCCCCAGCCCACAAAACCCUCUCCCCAAAGACCCCACUCUAUUCAGCAGACCCACCACCACUCCAGCACAUCUCAGAUCCAUCACAUCCACCAUAUGACCCCACAACCCCCUCCACAAGACUAUCAACACCAGAUUCAUGUCAUCCACCCUCCCCAGCAGCCUCACAGGCCUCAGCCCCUUCUCUCCACCUUUCAGCCCCUCCAGCCACACCAGCCCACCCUCUCCACUUUCCAGCCUCUGCCCCAACACCACCAAUCCCAGCACCAAGUCCAGUCCUCCACCCAAGUUACCCGUCCGCAGUCCCAGCCCUCACAUCACCUGCUGCAGUCAUCACACCAGUCCCAAACUCAGUCUCACCAUAAGCAAUCCCAUGGCCAACCCCAGUCCCUCCCCCACUCCCUAUCUGACCCCACAGAGCAUCUGGAACCCCCACCGCCUCCACCCCUGCCCCCACCCUGCUCGCCUCCACCUUUGCCCAGGCCUUCGCUCUCCAGGAUGGACUCCAACCACAUGAGCGUGAAGAGGUUACGAUGGGAGCAGGUGGAAAACUCAGAGGGGACUAUCUGGGGACAGUUGGGAGCAAAUUCUGACUAUGACAAACUGCAUGACAUGGUAAAGUAUCUGGAUCUGGAGCUGCACUUUGGGACACAGAAGAGCUCCAUGCCUGCUCCAGAGCCAUCCCCCCAACCAGAAACCUUCAAGAAAAAAGAUGUGAUUGAAAUUCUCUCCCACAAGAAGGCCUACAAUGCCUCCAUCCUGAUAGCCCACCUAAAGCUGUCUCCUGGGGAGCUGCGUCAGGUGUUGAUGAACAUGUCCACUGAUAGGCUAGAGCCAGCUCACAUCAAACAGCUCCUGCUGUAUGCCCCCGAUGCAGAGGAGGUCAAAAAGUACGAAGAGUACAGACAGGACCCCAGCAAACUCAGUGAGCCAGACCAGUUUGUGUUGCAGAUGUUAUCAGUACCAGAGUACAAGACCCGCCUGCAGAGCCUCCUCUUCAAGUGUUCUCUGCAAGAGAAGACGGAGGAGUUGAGGGGAGCAUAUGACUGCCUCUACAAGGCGUCGUUGGAGCUGAAGACAAGCAAGAAGCUGGCUAAGAUACUAGAGUUUGUGUUGGCGAUGGGAAACUACUUGAAUAACAGCCAGCCUAAAACCAACAAGACUACAGGCUUCAAGAUCAACUUCCUUACAGAGUUGAGCACAACUAAAACAGUGGAUGGGAAGUCGACAUUUCUACAUAUUCUGGUUAAGUCUUUAUGUCAACACUUUCCUGAUGUGUUGGAUUUCUCCAAAGAUUUAACCAUGGUUCCUCUUGCAGCCAAAGUAAACCAGAGGACUAUCACAUCAGAUCUGAAUGACCUACAUACAACCAUCCAGGACAUUCGCUCGGCUUGUCAGAAGAUGCCUGCGACUGCUGAGGACCGUUUUGCUGUCAUCAUGAGUAACUUCCUGGAAAACAGUCAUCCAGCAGUCCAGUCUCUGGAGUCCCUGCAACAGAGAGCUAUGGAGGAAUUCAGCAAAACUGCCUCUUUCUUUGGUGAAGACGGCAAAGCCAUCAACACUGAGGCCUUCUUUGGUAUCUUUUCUGAGUUCAUGGGAAAGUUUGAGAGAGCUCUCAGUGAGUGGCAAGCAGCAGAAAACCUGAAGAGCCCCAGAAGUCCAAGAAUGGCCUCCCCACUGGCCUGGUAACACACACACACACACACACACACACACACACACACACACACACACACACACAGAUGACUACAUAGUUCACACAGUAUAUACACAUGUACACACCAUGGACAUACUGUAUGCAUAUACUGUAUAUACAUGCACCCACAUGCACAUGCACAACGAACACAUACACAGCAAUACACAACUCACAAUUCUGAGCAAAAAACAAGAUUGUUUUUGGAAAAAUUAAAGAAUGGAGAAACUUUUGCAUCAAAGAUGGACAAGUUAGCUUUAUACCAGUGGUAUUGUAUCUAUUGUAUGUCGAUUCAAAACGAAACAGAGUUUUUUUUUUUAAGUCUAAAACUUCGAUGGCUAAGACUACUGCAUAGAAAAUAACCAUGUUUGGCUGAAGGUAGAUAGUUACUCAGUAACAUCCAAUACUUUAAGUUUUCUUUCUCUAAGCCUGAGUUCAGGUCACCUCUGUAAGUGUGUUAUUACAGUUCUACAGUCAAAUCUUUGUUAUAUAUCCAUGAAUAAGACAAGAAAAAAGAAAAAAGAAAUUUUAUCCUGAAAUAGAUAUUAAAUUAAAAUACAUUCACAUUGACUUGUUGGUUUGGAAGAAACCAAAAGCAGUUUUCCUGUUAGUUUACAUGUAUUUUUGUAAGCCGCCCACCACACUGAAUGUAACGUAAGUUCUUUACUGACUUAAGUGUAGCUUAUUUUCUCAUUUACUGCAUUGUAUUUGUGCCUCACUGUCAGCAGAUUUUCAAAAUUCCUACCAUAUCAGUUAUAGCCAUAUAAUUGCUUUUUUUCCCCUAAAUGGUAUUGUUCUUGUAUGAUACUUAACUUCUAAUGCUACUAACUUGUAUAUAUGAGACAAUGUCAGUGGGAAGAUGGCACUUACUACUUGUUUUUAUAAAAAACAAUUUUAACUGUUCUGAGGAUAAUUUUUAACCCGUCUAAAGUCCUUAACACACUAAUUACAGGAAGUAGAAGUGGGAUUUUGUGGAUCCAACAGCGGGCAGUGUGCAAUAUGUGAAUGUUUAGCUGUGUUCCACUGUUAGAUAUUAUACUCUUUAAACUAUAACAGAGAAAUAUUGUGUUUGUACUGUACAGAAUGAGAGUGGAUGUAAACAAAACAGGCACAGUUGCUACAAUAUGUAUGAAGCACUUUGUUACUUUCAUGCAAUACCCGAAUAUUUAUUUUAAUGAUUGUGUCAUAUGGAUUGACCAUAAAGUCAUUAAGUUUAGUGUAGCAGAUGCAGCAUUUUACAUCAAACAAUUAACAAUACAGCAUACCAGCUUCUCAGACGUGCCAGUGCUCUGUAAAACAUAAAAUUUAGUCUUCAAGUGAUGUUUUUAAAUGGUAAGGCGAAUUCGUAUGAUAAGAAUAAUGUGUGCAGCUAGUAAAAGCUUUGUUUUCUAAUGGUCUAAGUUGUUUUUUUUCUGCUUAAAUUACAGAAUGUAAACCUCUAAAGCAGUGCUGUCCAUUUAGGGCCUAUAAAGUGUUAAGUCUGUAUUUUGUAUUGUAUCCUAACAAUGCUGACAACUAUAAAGAGUGGUAUGAAAUCUAA